AGUAAUGAAAUCAAGUUUGCCAGUAGCUGGAUGGUGAUGGCGGAUAAAGACUGGCAGUGUGACCCUGAGCUCAGAGUCCCCAGAGAAUGCAGCCCGGCUUCCAGGGAGAGGUACAAAGAGGCCUGCAAAGGGAUUUCCGACCCAAGUGGGCCUUUUGGAAGCUGCUACUGGAAAGUCCACCCUGAGAACUAUUUCGAAAGCUGCCUCCUUGACCAAUGCAACACUGGAGGGAGCUCGCAGCACUGCCGCAGGUCCUUCGAGGCUUACGUUGCCGCCUGUGAACAUGCGGGGAUAUACAUUGCAAACUGGUGGACAGAUACUCUGUGCGCUCCCCCAGCUCAGUGCGAUUUCUCCUGUUCUUUUGACACCGACCUCUGCUCCUGGACACAGUCCGCCUACGACAACUUUGACUGGAUCCAGCACAAGGGCCCCACCCCGUCUCGGAGGACAGGGCCGCCCUCUGACCACACCACAGGAGAGGGCCACUACAUCUAUAUCGAGGGGGACAAUGCCAUGGAGGGGGACGUGGCCCACCUGGUCAGCCCCACCUGUACGUCUCCUGGGCCGUUCUGCUUCCGCUUCUGGUAUCACUUGUACGGGGCGGCGACUCUAAUGUCUCUGAGAGUGUACGUGGUCCCAGAAGGCGGAGAACGCAAAAUGCUCUGGAUUGCAACGGGGAGAAAAGGGGACCGGUGGUUGCAAGCAAACGUCACGGUGCCAGACGCAGGGAGGCUGCAGGUGAUCGUGGAAGGGAUGCGAGGGGAAGAUUUUCUCUGUGACGCAGCUGUGGACGACAUCUCUACGACACCCGGUCGUUGCAGGGGUGAGAAUCCAGAGGCCACAAAGUCUGCUUUUUAACAUUAACCUCACUUGAGUUUUUAUUUCUUAAACCUACAGAGCUCUGCCCAAGACUCCAUUCCACUUGCUGCCCACAGACACAUAUUUUGUAUUGUCGGGAAGAAUAAAGGGCGUUGUCCAAUACUUCCUGUUUGUCAUCAGCAACUAUUCUAGGUGAUGUAUUAGCAAAGCAACCAAGAAACUCGCGGGGGUUUUAUGCCACCACUAAAACACGCUGAAUCUUCUUUUGUCUUGAGUUGUGUUUUGUAUAUCGCUGAGCAGAAAAACAGAGACUGG